AUGGGCGCCGCUUCGAACGUGCUGCUGAACAUCAUAGCGAUAGCCAUCCAGUUCCCCCUGCUGGUGCUGCACACCCUUGGCCUCGAGAGCGUGCUCGCGUCCUUCCAGUCGCCCUUCAGCAAGCCCGACAACGUUUCGUCAACAGAACCGCGGAACUCUCCCGCAGUCUCUCCUACAAGGAAAGUCAACGGUGAUUGUCGCUUCCACGACAGAAUUCUCGAUGCGGUUGAUAUCGUGCAGAUAGUGCACGCCCAUGGAUAUAAAGUGCACGAACAUGUUGUCCAGACCAGAGACGGAUAUCUGUUAUCACUCCACAGAAUAAUAUCGAAGCACGCACCUAAAAACGCGCCAGUGGUGUACAUGCAUCAUGGCCUGCUCACCAACAGUGAGCUAUUUGUGCUGGGAGACACCACGUCACGUUGUCUUCCGUUCCGCCUGCUGGAACUGGGCUACGAUGUCUGGCUAGGCAAUAAUCGCGGGAAUAAAUAUUCUCGCAAACAUCUUACGUUUUCCUCACGCGAUGUCAAGUUUUGGGACUACUCGCUGGACCAGUUUGCCAUGUUCGACAUUCCAGACACCAUAGACUACAUCUUGCGCGCUACAGACGAGAAAGACCUCACCUACAUCGGCUUCAGUCAGGGCUCUGCGCAGUGUCUGGCUGCGCUAUCGCUCGAUUUUUCACUCAACUCCAAGAUCAAGCAGUUCAUAGGGCUGUCGCCUGCAAUGAUUCCACAAGGGCUCAGCCAUCCACUGCUGAAGUUCUUCGUCAACUCUGCGCCAAAUCUCAUGUACAGACUCUUCGGACGUCGUGCUCUUCUUCCGUCGGUUGUCUUUUGGCAGAAGUUGAUGGGCCCGCAGUUGUACCAGACCGUUGUGGACAAGUCUCUAGUGUUUCUGUUCAACUGGAGGUCGCACAAUGUCACCGAAUCGCAGAAAAAGCUCGGCUACGCGCACAUGUUCUCACCUUCGAGCGUGAAAAGCGUGAUCCACUGGUUCCAGAUCAUUAACAGCAAAAGAUUUCAGAUGUACGACGAAGGAGGAGCUUCCGGAUCAAAGCUGGUGUAUUUGAGCGGAGCUACCUCGAAAACUAAUAGAGUUGCGCCAUUCCCCACGCUGACCAUCACCACCCCAAUGUUGCUAGUUUACGGGAUGUCAGAUUCGCUUAUCGACAUCGACAAGACCGUUGACCAACUCUCCUGUCCGGUACAGAUUGUGGGUAUAGAAAACUACGAGCAUAUGGAUACCCUUUGGGCCUCGGACGUGGAAGACAGAGUCUUCUCACCUGUCAUCAAGUUCCUGGCCAGUUACAGAUAG